AUGGAGAACAACAACAAUCCACAACAAGAAGCCCAAUAUCCACCUCCGCAACCCCCGGCGGCACCAUUCCAACACCUCUUACAGCAACAACAACAACAGCUUCAAAUGUUCUGGUCCUACCAAAGACAAGAAAUCGAACACGUCAACGACUUCAAAAACCACCAACUUCCCUUAGCACGCAUUAAGAAAAUCAUGAAAGCCGACGAAGACGUCCGCAUGAUCUCCGCUGAAGCACCCAUCCUCUUCGCUAAAGCUUGCGAGCUUUUCAUUCUCGAACUCACCAUUCGUUCUUGGCUUCAUGCUGAAGAGAAUAAACGACGAACCUUGCAGAAGAACGAUAUCGCCGCUGCUAUUACCAGGACUGAUAUUUUUGAUUUUUUGGUUGAUAUUGUUCCCAGAGAUGAGAUUAAAGAUGAGCCUACCAUUGUUGGGGCCACUGCUAGUGGUGUUCCUUAUUAUUAUCCUCCUCUCGGCCAACCUGCGGGGAUGAUGAUUGGUCGCCCGGCCGUUGAUCCGGCUACGGGGGUUUAUGUUCAGCCGCCUUCUCAGGCUUGGCAGUCUGUUUGGCAGACUGCUGCUGAUGAUGCUUCUUAUGCUGCUGCCGGUGCUGCUGCUAGUGCUCACCACAAUGUCGAUGGCUAG